AUGUCUGUUCCAUUGACUUUAAGCACACCUAUUUUAUAUAUUGUUUCAAACUUAGGUUCAAAGUGCUAUUCGAAUGUCGACAGAAACUACUAUGACCAAAAGAUACUCAUGCGUAUAAACAACACUUUCUCUGCUGGUUUGCCUAUUGUUCAUUCGAAUGCAGAGUUUUCAGCUUUAGUAAACUCAAACACUUUAGCAAACAUAAACUUAACCUUAGUUGACGCAAACUUUGUUCCUGUAAAACUUUUAUGUCCUAUGUAUUUGUCAAUGACGGCAGAAAGUUUCGAAUUGGAAGAUGCAACUGGUGAAAGUAUUGUACUACAAGAACAACUUCAACAACAAAUAGCUCAAGAACAACAAAUGCAACAAAUGGAACAAAUGCAACAACAAAGUCAAGAACAACAAAUAGCUCAAGAAUAA